CACUUUCAAACAGUUGCCAAGCCAUCAUCAUGUUCUCUUAUAUUAUAUCAGGUGUUUUAAUACUUGUGAUAAGUUUAUAUUAUUACGUAACUAGAACAUUCAACUAUUGGACAUCUCGGAAUGUCGCCGGACCAAAACCUUUACCUCUGUUUGGUAACAUCAUGGAAUCUGCGUUAAGGAAGAAAAAUAUCGCCCUUGUAAUGCACAAAAUAUAUCUAGACUAUCCUAAAGAGAAACUCGUCGGUGUGUACAGGAUGACAACGCCUUGUGUGUUAGUAAGAGAUUUGGAAGUUAUCAAACAUGUUAUGAUAAAAGAUUUUGAUAUGUUUGAAGAUCGAGGAAUCGAGUUUAGUAAAGAAGGAUAUGGUGCUAACUUAUUCCAUUCAGAUGGAGAGACAUGGAGGGCAUUAAGAAAUAGAUUUACCCCGAUAUUUACGUCAAGGAAAUUGAAAAAUAUGCUUUACUUGAUGACAGACCGUGGAGACAAAUUUGUACAAGGCGUUGAAAAAAUAGUCAAAGAACAACCAGAACAAGCUGUAUUGAAACAUAUUCAACUUUAUACAAUUGCUACAAUAUCAGCUUGCGCCUUUGGUAUUGAUAUCGAUAAGUUGGGUAAAACUUUAGAUUCCUUGUACAAAUUGGAUGAAAUGGCAUUAAAUACUAAUUUUUUCUCUGAAUUAGACAUGAUGUUUCCUGGAAUAUUGAAGCAUAUGACGUAUACAAUUUAUCCAGCUUUAGCUAGAGAAAUUUUCGAUGGUCUUAUAAAAAAUGUGAUCACAGAACGAAACGGUAAACCGAGUAAUAGAAAUGAUUUCAUCGAUUUGAUAUUAGCAUUGAAAGAGAAAGGUGAAAUCGAAGCUUCCAAAAUUAAUACAGACGAUAAAAUAAAGCCAUUAGAAUUGACCGAAAGUGUUAUGGCGGCACAAGCGUUUAUAUUCUUUUUGGGAGGUUAUGAAACUAGUUCGACAACAAUGACAUAUAUGAUGUACCAAUUGGCUUUGAAUCCUGACAUCCAAAACAAAAUGAUCGAAGAAAUAGACGAAGUACUCGAGAGGUGUAACGGAGAUGUAACGUAUGAAACUUUAAACGAAUUGACUUACAUGGAGAAAGUUUUUGAUGAGACUUUACGUAUGUAUCCGAUUGUUGAUCCGUUACAAAGGAAUGCAAAGAACGAUUAUAAAGUGCCUGGAACUGAUGUUGUGAUAAAGAAAGGUCAGACAGUGUUGGUGUCACCUCGUUCUUUACAUUACGAUGAACAAUAUUAUCCGGAGCCGCAUAAGUUUGAUCCGGAGAGAUUCUCCCCGGAGGCAGUUGGGGAAAGACAUUCGUGUGCUUAUAUUCCAUUCGGUGUCGGACCGAGGAAUUGUAUUGGUAUGAGAUUUGCCAAAGUUCAAUCCAGAGUUUGUCUACUGAAGUUCUUCUCGAAGUUCAGAGUUGAAGCGACUAAGCAAACUCCCAAAGUUAUUGAAUACGAUCCUAGAAGGACGACAGUAUCACCUGUGGGGGGAAUACCCUUAAACAUUAUACGCAGAAAGUAAAAUUAUAAAAAAAUGUUGUUUUUUUACAUAUUAUAUUUUUUAAUGGGAUUAUUUGGGUGAUUUUAUAAAAGUUGAUCUUUUUAAACGAACUCGGCACGGAUUUAUGGAUUUUUUUUUAUAUUUUGAGGGGUUUUAAUAAAAGCAUUGAGAAAAAUUUA